AUGAGGACCGCAAAGCUGGUCGCCGAAAGUGACCUGUCGCUCCCAAAAGACUCAUACAUAUACUCUCUGAGGCAAACAAACUCGUUUCUCACAGCCUUGUCAUCCGAUAACUCGAUACGCACAUUUGACCCCAAGACCCUACAACUACUCCCUGGUGGAGUUAUAGGCAGUGCCCACUCGAGUGUCACCUGCCUGGAGACGUACAGUGAGGAUGGAAAUGUCCUGGCCACCGCUGGCCGAGAUGGCCUGGUCAAAUGCUGGGACCGCCGCACCAAGAAAGCUGUUAUGGAGUUUCGCGUCCCAAAACCACAAGGUCUGUCCGCCCUCGAAGUAAGCUCUGCCCACCACGCCAUCAUUGCCGGUACUGAGCUCGAGGACCGCGGGCCGGGCGACUCCUUCAUCUAUGCCUGGGACGCACGCAACGCCUCCGCUCCGCGUCUCACUCUGCCCGAGAGCCACACCGAUACCAUCACCGAGCUCUCGCUGCAUCCAACGAACCCGUCCACCCUCCUUUCGGCCAGCACCGACGGCCUGGUCAGCAUCUUCGACCUGACGCAGAACGACGAGGACGACGCCUUACGCCAGGUCAUCAACCACCGGUCUGCCGUGCACCACGCCGGCUUCGCCUCGCCUACCGAUGUCUACGUCUUCGGCACUGACGAGACAUUGGCUUUCUACCAGUACCAGGAUUCCGACGACCCGAGCCCAGAGCUAACGCCAGUCAAGAUUGGCGAUGUGAGGGAGAAGUUGACUUGCGAGUACGUCGUCAACGUCUAUCGCAGCGCCGGAUCGAACGUCGUUGUUGCUGGCAAUCACAGCGAGCAACGACUGGAUCUCCUCCCUCUCCACAACCCCCCAUCCGGGAAGCCGCUUGACUACUCCUGCUCUCUGGAAGAUUGCCUCCGCCUUCCGGGUGCCCAUGGAGAGGAGAUCGUCCGCGACGUCUUCAUCGAUUCUCAGUCAUCCACGAUAUACACAUGCGGCGAAGAUGGAAAAGUCCGCUCCUGGCGCGCCGAAGGCUUCGGUGGCGAGCAGGCCGAAGCUGAAGAAGAAGAGGUAGAGGAGAAAAAAUCCGCCAAGGAAAAGAAGCAUAAGGACAAGCAUAAGAAGAAAGACAAGGACAAGGGCAAGGACAGGUACAAACCUUACUAA